GUGCCUGUGAGUGGCUGUCCUGGGCCCCAACUCCUGGGCAUGCUGUCCUACAGAGCUCGAAAGAGACUGGACUCUGGUGGCAGGUGACAAAAGGGACCUUGGGGCUGGGCCUGGGGAAGGCAGGGGCAGAGGGACUGAGGAGGGCAUUCCCAUCCUUGGGAAUGUGGGGAAUGCGUAGCCUCUACUGCUCUUUGCUCCCUGCUGGCUGUCCGGUUAAUGAGCAGCAAGGGCUUUGCAAGGUCGCCAUUGCAGUUGCCGGCACUGCCAGCGCUGCCGUGACAAAACAUGGGCAUGCCCUGCCUGUGUUCCCAUAGGAGCAUUUCCACUCAAGUGGGCAGCUCUUGUCCCUUGGCAUCCUCUGCCCACGUGUUGUUCGUGGGCAGGACUUGGUGCUGUGCUCCUAGGAGGAGACCGGGCUCCCAGGACCACUGUGCAGUGCAUGAGGGACUCUGUGCUCAUAACAGUGACUGAUUUGGGAUGGGAACUGUGUCUGCAGAGGGUGAUUGCAGGAGCUGGGGGGGCAACACAGCUUGUAAUAGGAUUCUCGGGGACUGAUUGCAAGGAAUGGCUGGAGCCAGGGGAGCAGAGGGGAUGCUCUGCCUGGGGGGGAUGUGUGUGGGCAGGGGAUGCUGGAGCCGUGGCAUGCUGUGGAUGAGAAAGCUCCAAGGGUGUGAAGGAAGAGCUGUGGUCCAGUUCCUGGGCCUGGAUACCACAAGAGGCAGGAAGGUGUGUAGGGGCCCCGGUAUGGUCUGGGCUUCGGGCUAUCGGCACUGCACUGGUGUCUGGGGUCCUAGCUGUGGCUGGCUGUCACCUGGUCCAGGCAUGAUCAGGGUGGCACUUGCAUUCCUAGCAGCAAGGGCAGGUUACUCACCAACUCAGGUUAAUGGCUAACCCUGGGGCAGCUCCUACAGAAGGUGGAAGUUCAGGCUGUGCUAGGCCCUUGUGGGGGGUGGGAGCCUGCCUGCCUGCUCCUCAUCGCAAACCAGGGGGGAGUGUGGGGAGGCAGCAGUAUGAAUGGGGGCUGUCGCAGAGCGCCUGGUGCUGGAAGCCCUGCGCUCGCAUCCUGCUCCCUGCAGAAAAUGCACUCCUGUGUGCUGAGCUGCUGCUUGGCCCUUCAGCACCUCGCCGUACAGGCCUCCCUGCUCUGCAUCUUCCACCUGCUCCUGCUCCCAACCCUGCCCGAGGAGCAAGCCCAGGCCCAGGCCACAGACGAGCUGCUGGCACGCAGCCUCUUUGCCUGUGGCAUCUCCACUGUCCUGCAGACCUGCUUGGGGAGCCGGCUGCCGCUGGUUCAAAUCCCAUCGUUCGAAUACCUGGUCCCUGCCAUGGUGCUGAGCUCCCACCUGUCCCUCAGUGACAGCACAGACAGGAACGGUACGGCAGUGGCCAGCGCAUGCCCUGCACUGCGCUGCGAUGUCGUGGGGAGCCGGACCUCAUCGCUGCGAGAGGUCUCGGGAGCCAUCGUGUUCUCCGGGCUGGUCCAGCUGGUGCUAGGAGUGUCUGGUGCAUGCGGGUGGACAGCCCGCCGCUGCGGGCCCAUGGUCCUGGCCCCCAGCCUCUCCAUCGUGGGGCUGUCCGCGUACAAGGAGGCGGCUUUCUUCUGCUCCGCUAACUGGGGGGUAGCGCUGCUGCUGGUGCUCCUCACCGUCACCUUCUCCCAGCACCUGGGGUCCUGCCGUCUGCCCUGCUGUGUCUGGCCCUUCGCCCAGGGGGGCUCUGCGGAGACGUCCGUCCCCACCCUGCGCACGUUCUCGGUACUGCUCCCAUUCACCAGUGUCUGCAUCAUCUGCGCUGUCCUCAGCCACCUCCGCGUCCCCUGGGACUCGCUGGAGCUGGCCACGGAGCAGCUGCCCUGGGCCAACAGCACCGUCCGCUCCCCUUGGCUCCGGAUCCCCUACCCAGGUGGGGACGGGCAGAGCUGCGUGGUGCUGGGCAUGUCCCCCAGGCUGGCAGGGCUGCUCACCCGCAUCCCGCUGGUGGUUCACGGAGGGGUGCUCUGCGUGACCUACGCCGUGGCCGUGGGCACGGGCAUCUCCUACUUCCGGUACGCGGACAUCGACUCGGGGAGGAACAUCUUCAUCGUCGGCUUCACCAUGUUCAUGGCACUGCUGGUGCCGCGGUGGCUCAGCACCGCUCCGGUUCACCUGGCCACAGGCUGGGUGCCUCUGGACCUCCUCUUCCUCUCCCUGCUGAUGGUGCCUGUCUUCUUAACUGGCUUCUUGUCCUUCUUCCUGGAGAAUACGGUCUCAGGCACCCUGGAGGAGCGAGGGCUGCUCACCAACCUGGCAGCACGAAGAGGCGAUCGCUGCCCCCGGGGAGAGAGGGAUGACAUCAGCCGCAUUUACAGGCUCCCGGCCGGGCUGAGGAGGCUGCUGCCUCCCUCCAGGUGCAAAGCCUUCCCCUGCUGCUUCCUCUGCCCGGGCCGUGAGUGGGAGGAGGAGGAGGAAGGCAGCCGUGCUGCUGAGGAGGGCACUGCUGGCACUGGGGAAGGGAUGCACCUGCUCCUGAAAGCCAGCACAGUGGAGAUGCAGUCGGAGAGGAGGCCAAGUGAGACGGAGACGCCUGUGUGGCAUGUGGCUGCCUGACCACGAGCUCUGCUCCCGCAGAGAGGGGACAUCUCCCGUGGGACUCGUGUCAGCCCUCCAAGGCAGCAACAGGAGCUGGCUUGGACCCCUGCAAGCCUCUUUGCUCCUUGUUUCUGAAGCCUGCACGGACUGGAGGGUCCUGUGCGCCCCAGCAUGAA